GUCAAAUUUAAAUCCAGAGCCCACACUGCAGCCGUCUUCCUACAAAGGCGAGCUUCCCUCGUGUCCAGCUGUCGUGAUAAAAGAACGACCAUCCUUGCCAUUGCAUCAUUGGAGAAAAAAAAAAAAGAACCUCCAUCGUACAUACGUGGUGAACAGCCGAGAAUAGCCGUGCCUUUCUAGCAUUUUUUUGUCCCCUCUUCGUCGCCCGAACCUGCGUUCGAAGCAGGCUCAAUUCUUAGACGCCCAUCUCGGACAGUCUGAUUUGAGAUCGCCACCCAGUGGACGUCGUCAGGCGGCGUUGUCUUGCCGGAUCGAACAAACAAGCCAUGUCUCUUCCCUUUGGCGUAUAUCGCGCCGACCACGUGGGGUCAUUCCUUCGACCGCAAGCCAUCAAAGAGGCCAGGCAGAAGCAGAGCGCGGACGCAAAUACGGCAGAUGCGCUGCGCAAGAUUGAAGACACCGAGAUCGCGGCGCUGGUCCGGCAGGAAUUGGCCAACGGCAUCCGGAGCGUGACCGACGGCGAGUUCCGCCGCGAGUACUUCCACCUCGACUUUCUGAAGCAGGUCUCCGGCGUCGACGUGGUGGGCUACCUCGAGUCGACCAGCCAGGGCCCGAACGGCUUCGGUCCGCCGAGGUUGGUCGUGAAGGGCAAGUUGAAGCACGACAGGCCGAUCCAGGUGGAGGACUACAAGUUCCUUGCGGCGGCGCUGAAGGAGACCGGGGCGAGCGAUGCGACCAUCAAGGUCUGCAUUCCGUCGCCGACGAUGCUGCACUUCCGCGGCGGACGGUCGAGCAUCGACAUCGAGUCCUACCCGGACCUGGACCCCUUCUUCGACGACCUGGCCAAGGUGUACCAGGAGGAGAUCCAGGCCCUGUACGAGGCCGGCUGCCGCUUCGUCCAGCUCGACGACACAAACCUGGCCUACCUGUGCGACGCAAAGAUGCGCGCCGACGUGGCGGCCCGCAACGAGGACCCGGCGGCGCUGACGAGGAAGUACGCCGAGCUGAUCAACGCGGCGCUGUCCAAGAAGCCGGACGACCUCAAGGUCGGCAUCCACCUGUGCAGAGGCAACUACAAGUCGCGUUGGUUCGCCGCCGGUGGCUACGAGCCCGUCGCCGAGGUGCUCUUCCGCCACCUGAACGUGGACGCCUACUUUCUCGAGUACGACGAUGCGCGGUCCGGCGACUUUGCGCCGCUCAGGUUCCUGCCGGAGAACAAGGUGGUUGUUUUGGGGCUGAUGUGCUCGAAGAAGCCUGAGCUGGACGACAAAGCUCACAUCAUCGCGCGGCUGCACGAGGCGGCCAAGUUCUGCCCCAAGGGUCUCGAACAGCUGUGUCUGAGCCACCAGUGUGGCUUCAGUAGCACGUACGAGGGCAACGAUCUUAGCCAGGAGGAGCAGUGGGCCAAGGUAAGGCUCGAGGUUGAGAUUGCAAAGGAAGUCUGGAAAGAUGCUUGAGCUACAUGGGAUGUAACUAUGCCUUGCUAAGAAAGAAGCAAAAAAAUUCCAAGCACAAGAGAGGCUUUAUACGCCUAAAACCAUAAACCAAAUUUAAUUGACUUGCCAGAA